AUGGACCAUCAAAAUAACUCAAUCCCGGCAGCGAUCGGCAACCUCAUUGCCUGCGACGACAAGAACAAGAGUAACUUGGAGAAGCAACAACCAUGCAUGGCUCGUGAACAAGACCAAUACAUGCCAAUCGCUAACGUCAUAAGGAUCAUGCGUCGGACGUUACCGCCGCACGCCAAAAUCUCUGAUGACGCCAAAGAAACGAUCCAAGAAUGCGUCUCAGAGUACAUCAGCUUCGUGACCGGUGAAGCUAACGAGCGUUGCCAACGUGAGCAACGCAAGACCAUAACUGCUGAAGACAUCCUUUGGGCUAUGAGCAAGCUUGGGUUCGAUGACUACGUUGGACCACUCAACUUGUUCAUUAACCGGUACCGUGAGUUCGAGUCUGAUCGUGGGUGUUCACUUAGAGGAGAGUCAUCGUCGUUUAGACCGGCCUUUGGAGGAAAUGGUUUUGGUUUUCACGGCCCACCUCAAGGCCCACCACACCCUGGUCAUUAUGGUUACGGUAUGUUGGAUCAGUCUAUGGUUAUGGGUGGGGGUCGGUACUACCAAAACGGAUCGGGUCAAGAUGGAUCCGAUGGUUGUGGUGGAUCUUCGUCUUCUAUGAAUGGAAUGCCGGUUUUUGACCAGUAUGGUCAGUAUAAGUGA